AUGCAAGCCCAAAAAAAACAGGCAUACAGGGUAAUAGAGGAGUUUCCAAACUCAAGUGAGGAAGACUGUGCUUCUGGUAGCAGUGAUGAGGAAUGGCUGCCAGUACAGACAGGUGCAAGCAGAGAAGUAGGUUCAAGCAGUGAUAGUGAAGGUGAGGAGUCUGGAAAUGUUGCUGAGGGAGUUGAGGCUGAGGAAGGAGAUGAAGCUGAUGAAGGAGAUGAGGCUGUUGAACCUGAGGGACCACCUUCCAGGGCCCAGGGGAAAAAAGCAAAAGAAAAGAGUGUCAGAAAUAUCUGGAAAGCUAAGGAUAACCAGUUUGAGGGAGACCUGCCUCCUUUCUUAGGAGAGAGCAAGAUGAAUGUUGAGGGAGCAGAUCCAAUAGAUUUCUUCAUGCAUCUUUUCACCCAAGAUAUGAUCAAUGACAUUGUACACAAUACAAACCUUUACUCUGUCCAGAAAGGAAAAGAGAAGCUGGCAUUGACCUCAGAGGAGUUCAAAACAUUUCUUGGAAUCAAUAUAGUAAUGUCAUAUGUCAGAUAUCCUAGAUCCAGAACGUACUGGUCAUCAGAGACAGGACUUCAUCUUGAACUGAUAGCUGAUGCAAUGCCAGUGAACAGGUUCGAGCAAAUUCUUAGUUACAUGCACUUUGUUGACAACUACUCACUGGACCCCAAAAAUGCUGACAGGUUUGUCAAAAUCAGACCAGUCUUGGAUGCACUCAAGGAAACCUUCCAAUCAGCACUUGACCCAGAAGAAUUUCAGUCGGUCGAUGAGAUGAUGAUUCCCUACAAGGGACGCCUGUCUAUCAAACAAUAUGUCCCCAAAAAACCCAAGCCCUGGGGAAUUAAAGUGUGGGUGCGAGCAGGAUCCUCUGGGUAUAUGUACAACUUUGAACCCUAUCAAGGUCCAGCUGGGGGACGAGGUGAGAUCAGUCAGCUGGGAAUGGCUGGAGAUGUAGUCAUGCGCCUUUGUCAAGACAUUCAGGACAAGAACCACAAGGUGUUUUUUGACAAUUUCUUUUGCACCAUUCCCCUCCUUCAGGCACUGGAACACCAAGGGAUCUAUGGCACUGGCACAUGUAGAAGCAACAGGCUCCAUGGAGCACAAGAAAAGCUGAAAAGAGAAAAGCAAAUGAAGCAAGAAGGAAGAGGAUCUGUCUCUGUCGUGACCAAUGCACAAAACAUCACUGUCACCCGCUGGUUGGAUAGUUCAGUUAUUCACAUGGCCUCUUCCUGCACCGGCCUGUCCCCAACAGAUGUUGCACAGAGAUGGAGCAAAAAAGAGAAGCAAAUGCUCAACAUCCAAAGGCCAUUUUCCGUGAAGUUGUACAAUCAGCAUAUGGGUGGAGUAGAUCUCAUGGAUCAAUGUGUUGCCAUGUAUCCACACCGACGCAGAAACAAACGGUGGUACAUAAGAGUGUUCUUUCACUUCCUUGAUGUCACAACUGUGAAUGCCUGGCUCCUUUAUAGAAUGUCUGGAAAUGAAGCAAAGGAUCUGCUGCUCUUCAAGGUGUCAAUAGCUCGUGCUCUUAUCAAUGCAGGAUCCAUGAAAAUACACACCAGAGGCAGACCCAGUGCCACUCCACCACGGGCAAAACGGAGAGCAGUGUCUAAGGCCCCCCCUGAGAUCCGGUAUACCCCUGGGAACCACUGGCCCCAGCUCAAGGAAGCAAAAAACGCCAGCAGAUGCCAAGAUGCUGCAUGCACACGAAGAACCAAGUACAUCUGCAUGCAGUGUCUUGUAGCUUUGUGCCCCGGAUACUUUGGCAACUAUCAUAGAAAAUAG